AUGCUGUCUGGUUACGUUGUGCUCCGGCCUUGGCUUCUUUAUGUCCUAACAUACGCCACCCUCAGUAGUGCUGCCACACUAUUCCAGGGCGGAACAGUAAUCUCUUGGGAUACAUCCGCCAACUACCUUAAUGUCAUUCGUAACGGUUCUGUCCUUGUCGAAAACGACACCAUCUCCGCUGUCUUUUCAGGAUCAUACAAUGGUACCCUACCUUCCGAUUUGGAAGUCAUUGAUGCGACCAACGACAUCAUAUCAACAGGUUUUAUCGACACCCAUCGUCACAGCUGGCAGACGGCCUUCAAGACCUUAGGCUCCAAUACCACUCUCAUGACCUACUUCCAACGCUAUGGCACCGACUCGCCUGCUGCUAGAUCAUUUACGCCCGAGGAUGUGUACAUUGGGCAGUUGGUCGGAUUGUAUGAAGCCCUGAAUGGAGGUGUCACAACUAUCGUGGACUAUCCGCACUGCACAUGGUCAGCAGAUCAUGCCAUGGCAGCACUGAAUGCUACAUUUGAAAGCGGUGUCCGAGCUGAGUUUGCGUACUACUUCGAAAACUAUCCAAACUUUACAAUUGAAGGGCAAACGAAGCUUUUCCGAGACUUGGCCAGGGACGAACGAUUCCAUAACUCGCCCACCAACUUGGGUAUCUCCUACGAUAACUUCAGUAGCGACAACAAGAGUGAAUCGCGGCACAUCCUCGAUCUCGCACUCGAACACAACGUCUCCGUACUAACCACCCACGCCAACGGCGGCAUCUAUGGCGCUCCCAACUUCCCCUCGGUCCUCCAACCCUUCAACUUCCUCAACGCCUCCAUCCCUAUCAUCUUCGCCCACGCCAGCUACCACACCCCCACGGACGCCCAGCUCCUCCGCCAACACAACCACUUCAUCUCCACAACCCCCGAGUCAGAAAUGCACUACGGCCACCUCCACCCAAACAGCCACCUCAUCAUGGACCAAGCCUCCCUAGGCAUAGACACCCACUUCACCUUCUCCUCCGACAUCCUGACCCAAGCUCGCCUCUGGCUCCAGAGCGUAAGAAAAACUCUCUACACAGAAGUCGUAAACCGCCGCCACCUCCCCGCCCGCAACCCAAUGUCCGUCAACCAAGCCUUCCUCCUCGCAACCCGCAACGGCGGCCUCGCCCUCCGCCGCCCAGACAUUGGCAUCCUAGCCCCAGCCGCCAAAGCAGACAUCCUCGUCUGGAACGGUCGCGCCCCAAGCGUCCUCGGCUGGACCGAUCCCAUUGCCGCAAUCAUGCUCCACGCGAAUGUUGGCGAUAUCAAACACGUCAUGGUGAAUGGCGUGUUCCAAAAGCGAAAUGGACAGCUUACGCCGAAGGAUUAUGUGGGGUUGCAGGAUAGGUUUCUGAAGAGUGCGAGCAGGAUUCAGCGGAUGUGGAGGGAGAUGCCUUUGCCGGUUAGUGAGGGCGAGGCAGCAAAUGGAGUCGAGUUUGAAGAGCCGAUGCAGGCGGAUGUUGAGAGGGGCGAGGUGACGGGGUAUGGGCCUUUGUUUGUUUAG